AUGUCCGAGGAAAGUCUCGUAUUUUCUGUGUUGGGCCUGACUGUCAGGGGAUUUCAUCAUAAUGAUGACAAGUGGGUGCCUAAAGGAGGUCAGCGACUGUCAUGUGCCCUUCGUUCUGGCGCAAUUGAUGUAUUAAAAGAUGAUCAGUCAGUUGGGAAAGUUGCAACAGAAGCUCCUAAUAAGUGCAAAGACUGGCUUAAAGAAAAUGGAAAUAUUGAAGCUGUAGUUACAGGAUUGCCAAAAAAACAUCCUGGGAAGAAAGGAGAGGAAGUGCCUGUACUGUUUGUUUUUAGGAGCAUUAAGAACUUUAGAAUGAUUCAUUUUAAAGACGCAAUAACCACAGGCAUUUCGAAGCUGAAAAAGAAAUCAUUGAAGGUUGUGGAUGGAGAUGAAAGUGAAAAAAUGACAUUUUCAGAUACUGAUGAAACCCAGUUUGAAUUUUCCGUUAGGGGCAUGACAAUGAGAGGAUUCCAUGUUUACAAUGAAGUUCGGGUUCCAAGUAUUGGUGAUCGUAUUUUAUGUUCAGUGAGUGAUGACAACUCAGUUGAAAUGGUGAAAGAUGGUCAAACUAUUGGAAAAGUGGAGAUAGAAGGUCAAAAGUUAUUCAGGCAGUUCAUAAAUGCAAAUGGUGUUAUACACGCAGUUGUGAAUGCAAAACCAAAAGAACACAAAUCAAAGGGUGAAGAGAUUCCUGUAAUUUAUCAUUUCUCGGCAGAUGACUGGACAAACCGGCUUCAAAAUAUCAGAAAUAUGAUACGAAAAGAUAUAGAGAAAAGAAGUAAAAAGAAAAAGUGCCUUCAGUUUAUUUGUAGUGAGGAAUCACAAAAUGAGGCAGGACCCUCAUGUGAUAUGCAGUCUUUGGACAUGGCCGAUGGAUCAGGAGAAAAUAUG